AUGGGAAGCUAUGGCCUGGACUAUGGUCGUCGAGGCGACGAGAGAAUGGAUGUCGAUCGCGCCCCUUACCCUCACCCUCACCCUCAAUCUGCACACCCGCCGCGUUAUCAGCGUCACCCUCCACAGGGGCACUUUCCAGCUGCUUCGCCCAUUGACGCCACCACUCCCGGUCCUCACCCUCCACCCCCUCAAGGGUGGACCUUUUCCGAAAUCCCCCUGAAGCGCAAAGGUAGAAAGCCCAAAGCCGCAAAGUCUGAUGAAGAUGAGGACACCACUGGAGCCAACGCUGCUAAAGAAAAGAAGACCAAGAUCCCCAAAGAGCCCAAACCACCAAAGGAGCCCAAGGAGAAGAAGAUUAAAGAGCCCAAGCCACCAAAGGAACCCAAGCAGAAGAAGCCCAAGAAGAAUGACAAUGGCGACGGCGGGGCCAAUUCGGGAGCCAAGCCUGAACGAUCGAUUCUCAGCUUUUUUGACAGGUCGAAAGCGGAAUCGAUUGCCAAGACUUCUGGCGAUACUAUAAGUGAGGACCAUCGGGGAGAAUCAUCAAUGACUGUGUCAUCGCCAUCGAAAUUGGGAUUCAAGCAAUCGUGUUUGUCGUUCGACGUGCUAGAUCCCUCCAAGGCAGGAAACUAUGUCAACAUGGCGGUUUCGGUGGAUGAUAGGCGUGUUGGAGGGUUUAUGAAGGAGCUUCCAAAGCUGACGGGACGCGCGCCGUACGAGGAUCUCAUGAGCGGAUUGCUUUUGAGGAGCUCCAAACUGCCUACUCUCAACAAAUUGGAUCUGCACCAUCCAGAGCUGGACAUGGACAUGCUGGCAGAUGUCAAGAUGGUUCACGAGUUCUUGAACACAUUUGGCACACCUCUGGGAUUGACUAAGGAUUCUGGCGAAUGGAUCAAAUUUGACCUUCUACUGUCUAUGAUCAGGAGCCCCAGGAUCGACAGCCGUCUUGUUGAUCUCAGCUGUAAGAUGGUCAUGGCAGCCUACGAGGAGGAUGAGUCACCCGAGAUCACCCAGUUCAACUUUCCCUACUUUCUCGCCGCUGGUCCAGAGGCGGUAGUGGCUCGCAAGGAACGAAAGGACAUCAAGAAGAACAAAUGGGCAUUGACGACAGCCUCCAAGAAAAGGAUCCCUCCUAUGAACCGUCUUGGUGCGAUCGAGUAUUCUGUCUACACCGUUGCCGACCGGAUCGAGGCCCUGGUUAAGGCCCUGCACGACAUCACAUCCUCUCCCCGUUUCCAUCGGUUUAUGAGGGAUGAAGUUGAGGAGAACAUCACCUCUUUGAAGCGACACAAGAGGAAACGCACCGAAGCCCGCAAGGAGAUCGAGACUCUGGCGCACGAUUUGGAGCGGGAAAUGAAGGCCAUUGAGCAUGAGGCGGCUGAGCUGGAGAAGCAACGACAGGAAAUCUUGAACUCAGAGCGUGAGGGUGGACCAGUCGAGGAAGAGAACGAAGGUGGGCGGACGUUGUCGCGACAGCAGCGUCUGGCUCAAGCCAAGGACGCACGCAACAAAGCCAACGACCUUCUCAAUCAGCAGAAGGCGCUUGCACAAGACCUCAAGGCCAAGGAGUCGCUUUGGGAGACCAAGAAGGAAGAACUCGAUAAUAUUGUGCUGGAUGACACGGAGAUACAAAAGGACCACAAUGUGCCUCUGACACAGUUGCGCGGAGGCAAUCCUGUCAACGGGGACGAGAACUUGCGCGUCGUUUGUCUUGGAAGCGAUCGAUGGGGUCGCAAGUACUGGUUCUGGAAGGAGUUUGGUGGCGUCAUCAUUGAGGACCGCGAGCAAGUUGGGCCCGAUUUGAGCAACGCCUCGACCUCAACAUCAACACCGACAGAAACAGCGACACCCGCGACAACCGCCUCAGAAGGACAAGAUGCAGGAGCGACCGCUGAUGAUGCGGAGACCAAACACGAUACCACCGUAGAAGAUACCUCGUUGCACGAUGUCACCCAGCUCAUGAAGACCAUGGCCGAGCCUGAUCUCGCCGGCGAAAAGUUCCGAUCCACCAAGGACGCCAUGUCGAUCGACAAUCUCUUGACUGGUAACCACACACCCGAGGUAACAAGCCCAUCCACCUUUGGCCAAACAAUCUCGGAAUCGCUCAAGGCUCUCCCUGAAAAGGACAUCCUUGACUAUGGACCUAUCCAGACCUGGAGCUUGAUCUCGACCAGCAAGGAGCUCGCAUCCCUGACUCGCGCCCUGAACGGAAAGGGUCUCCGCGAACGUGUCCUGAAGGCCUCUCUGAUGACGAUGCGCAAGCAGAUUGAGGCCAGCUUCGAUUUGAUCAAGACCUGGGCUGGACGAGAGUAUGCUGGCAAGAAGGAGCAAUUGGUUUCAAUCCUCGGCGCCGUCGGUCAACCGUUGAGUGAGCAGGACUUCCAGCUAUUGUUGAAGAAGCGCGGCAGGAAGAGUCGACAGGAGCUGGCCGACAUUGCAGCCACUCAACACGAACACGACCUCGCUACUGCUGGUGAUGAAGACAAGGUCAUGGAGGUGGAUGGAGGUGUCGGAUCGGCUGACGAGUCGUCCCACAUGGAUGUCGACAUGGCAGAGGAUCACUCGGACGAAGACGACCAUGAGACCACCGGGGACGAGCACAAGGAGCAGGAUGACAAGGAGGAAGCUGAAGAUGCCGCGAAGAAUGGGUUCCUGACUUUAGUCGCCUCCUCGGACUCUAGCCUUACAUCGACAGAAUACUUUGAGAAUGUUGUCCGGAUCGCGGAGGAGAAGGUCCGGGAACUGUCAGGCGCGAUCUGUGAUGGCGACAAGGAUGCCAUUUUGAAUGCUGUCCGGGAGUUCCAGUCGACCAUGGAUGGCGGUCAAGAUAACCAAGUUCUGGCCACUGUCAAGGUUCUGGAGGACUGCUUGGAGGCUAUGGACGAGCCCGAAUUUGCCGAGGAAGAUAUGCAGGGAGGUGAGGGUCAGGAGGAAGGUGAGAAGACCGAUUCUCCAGAGCUGAAGGAAGGCGCGAAGGAUGCAUCAAUGGAACAGGACGAACCCAAGGCGUCGCCUACAACUACGACAACGACUGCGGAAAAGGAAACGCCUCUGUUCUCGAUUAGUGUCCCGGUGAACGCAGGUCUAUUGAAUUGGCUCAAGAACCAUCACGUUGACACAAUGCUGAAGGACGUCAAGACCUUUGGAGCCCUCCAUGCGUGGGUCGAUGCCUGUACCCGCCUAGUCGCCAAUGUUGUCUAUGAUGCCGAUGAGAAUGAUGAAGACGAGGAAGAUCUGGACGGACGUCGGGAGAAGGACCACGAUGCGGACGAUGGUGAAGACCAUGACCAUGAGGAUGACGAUGAAGGCGAGGAGGAAGAGGAGGAGCAAGACCAUGACGACGACGAAGGAGAGGAUGCGGGUGAUGACAAGGGCGAAGACGAUGGUCGGCAGGACGAAGAGGACGAUGGCGAUAACCAUGAUCGCCGUAGCCGUCAACGCAAGCCGCGCCAGCAGGCUGCGUCGGCGGUUGUGGGAGGACGAACACUGCGAUCGCGGGGCAAGGUGUCGUACGCGUACACGGUUGUUGAGGAUGAAGAAGAGAAAGAAGAUGAGGAUGAGAAUGAAGAGGAGGAAGAGGAGGAAGAGGAGGAGGAAGAUGAAGAUGAGGCCCCGUUGCGACGGUCCAAGAGAAUCAGGCACUGA